AUGGCCUCCUUGAUAAGCAUUCAGUCACUCCUCAACGGAUCCAUCAAUGAUACAAAUUCGGACUACGCUGUUCCAAUCGGCUUUGAGACGCAGCAAAAGCGUUCGAGAGACGGUGUGAUGCAACGAGCAAAUGCCGCUGCUACUAAAGCAAACCAAACGGAAGAUUUGUCCACACUCAGGCAAGCUCUUGAAGCUGCUUUAAUAUCGUUGCACGCGGGGAACAACCCCGCGUGGCUCGACCAAUCUUGCUGCAAUUACCACGCCAUCUUCACGCCAGCCAGACUCGAAAGAAAUAGACUUCAUCUGUCGAUGGCAAAGGCGCUCAACACUCUCAUCAACGACCUUGAAGACUUCGAAAUUCCCAAUCUUCAAGUCCUUCAAAAAGCGCGACAAAACUUCCUCCGGCAGCAUUUCGAAGAGCUUGUGGAGGAGCAACGAGUCGCGAAUGAGAACACCUGGAGAGUGGCCGGCAAAUACGGCCUCGAAGUUGCAGAACAGCAGAAUCAAUGCUGUGAGGUCGUCAGAGACCGCGAAGUGCAGAUCGAGCUGGAGAUCCACGGGGUCUUGGAUGAGUUUUGGGAGAUCAUGGAGGAUCUUUAUUAG